AGAAAUGCAUGGGCUAUCGAUAUCCACUGUGUAUAUUGUAUAGUGCUUCCUAAUGGCGGUUGUAGGUUGAUUGUUUUCAUGAAACGCUGAACGUUUAUAUACAUACAAUGUUAGUAAAGUUUUCUCAUGUAAACAAUCUAAAUAACGGAGUCACUUUAAGUGAUGUUUACUACGUGAAUGUUUCAGCCUAUGAAUAAAAUAUACUCGUGAAUCACAAAUACACAAGGGAAUAAACGCCAUAACGUUGUUUAACAAGUGCUGAAUUAUAAAUAAACACUAAAAGAUAUGCAUGGUAUAGCCAACCCUUAUUGCUUUAAUGAGUAUUCCCGUAUGUUGAGUGAGAGUGUGCAGCUUACCACUUAUUUAAGUGCAGACGCUAAUCGUCGGAAAGAUGCGGCAUACUAAAGUUGUUCGGUGACUUACUGGAGUUUUACAUUGCCACAUGUUUGAUUACCGGCAGGCAUCUGUGCGAACAUCAAUGGCCCUAGAGUCAAAUGCUUGGCUCUCGUCCAACAGUACAGCUGCAGGUACAACAGCAAGGGAACAGCAGCAACAGCAACAACAACAACAGCAGCAGCAGCAACAGCAGCAGCAGCCACCGCCACCACCGCCACCUCCUCCACAGCAUACAGCUGUUGUAAAGACACGUGAUGAUCAGCUUGGUCAAGUUCCACAGCAUGGUAGCCAGAAUUUCAUUGGAGCAGAUGAUAAUCAGCAAAGAAGUUUGCUGAAAAUACCAUCAUCAGUUGUUGGCAAAUGUUCCAUGUUCACACAGACUGAACACACAAACAGGUUCACACAGACAGAACAUCCAGCUGCCAGGUAUGGUGGUAUUUGUCUAGAAAACGGCAGUAACGGAGGUAACUGUAAAGCAGAUUCAUCUACCAUGUUUGACCCAGCAGGUAUGCAGCAGCAGGGCGCCAGUUCACAGAUGUAUAGUGCUUCAUCUGAUAAAAAUAAGGAUCCUGAGAAAACAUCUAGCAGUGCAUCAGCGGAUUUCCCUUUCUGCUACAACGUGAACAUGCUUCAGAAAGUCCACCAACAGAGCAAUUCAGCUGUACCUGUUGGAGGAAUAAGUGGUGAUGACAAAGGCUGCUAUAGAUUUGAUGUAGCUCAACCAUUUGGAUACAAUUAUGCAUUAGUUAAUCAGAUGUCUUUGGCAGCUGCUGCAUCAACUGCAACAUUUAAGUGUGAUGUUUGUGGUUUAGUGUUUGCUCAUCUCUCUCUCUUAAAUCAUCAUAAAAGGAUACAUAACACAACUAAUAUGCUGGCAACUGGAGCUCAAAAUGCUGCAGAAAGUGAACGCCAGUUUACUUGUGAUAUGUGUGGUGUGAGUUUUAGUUUAGCAGGGGAACUUAAGAGCCACAAGAAUGGAGUUCAUGGGAAAGCUAAUCAGAAUCAGCAGCACAUAGGAAGUAAGUGCUGUGAGUCUUGUGGUGUUGAGUUAGCUUGUGAACAUAACGGUGGUAAUUUGGUGAAAGGUAAGAAGAAUGGAAAGUUUGUGAAAUGUGAAUCAUGUCAAGAAAUGAUGUCAGGCAGCAGUUCAGGUUCUGGCUCCACUCCUGUGUACAGCAAUAGCAGUGGUUCGGGGAGUGAGAGUGGUGGUACCAACAAUGCUGCAAAUAAUACAAAUCUGGGUGAGAUUAAACCUGGGCAUCAUCCAGUGAAACGUAGAGGUGUGGCCAGUGUUACAAAAUGUCAUAAAUGUAAUGGAUCUGGCAUCAUUUUCAUUGGUGGGCCUCGUAAUGCAACAGCUGUUGACAAACCCUUCCACUGUAAUGUUUGUGAUGGAACAUUUUCCAGAUAUUCUAGUUUGUGGAGCCACAAAAGAUUGCAUAGUGGCGAUAAACCUUUUAAGUGUGAAAUCUGUGGUCUCGCAUUUGCGAAAGCGGCAUACCUGAAAAACCAUGCUCGUGUGCACACGGGAGAAAAACCUUUCAAGUGUGCCGUUUGCGGGAUGCAAUUCUCACAGUCCCCACACUUGAAGAAUCAUGAGAGGAUACAUUCGGGUGAACGUCCGUACCAGUGUGAAGUGUGCGACAAGACAUUUGCCCGUCAUUCGACACUAUGGAAUCACAGACGUAUUCACACCGGUGAGAAACCUUACCGAUGUGAAGUCUGCGGCUCUGCAUUCAAUCAAGCUACCCACCUAAAAAAUCAUGCCAAGGUCCAUACUGGUGAGAAACCACACCGAUGCGACAUUUGUGAGGUUGGCUUUUCUGACAGAUUCGCUCUGAAGCGCCACCGUGGUAUACAUGAAAAGUAUGGAAGAACGUCUGUUAGUGCUUCAAAUAAUCCAACUGGAAAUGUGCAGAACAGUCAGGUACCUCCAAAUACUUCAAAUGUGAAUGUUAGUAGUGUUAAUGUAAAUUCUGUUUCUAAUGUAAAUGCUGUGAAUGUUAACAAUGUUAAUAACAGAAAUGGGUCAAACCCAAAUUCAGCUUCAAAUAAUUCACAAGCUGGAAUAGACGACCUAUACAAAUGUGAGGUUGGAGGGCCAGUGGCAUUUCCUGGUUGUUCCAGGCCACAUGAUGAGAAACAGUGAAAGAGAGAGUGCCCUUGCAUGUAACCCUAUUGUAAAUAACAGUAUUGAGACAGUCACAGUCUAUAAUGUGUAAUUAUGAAGGUUACAUAUAUGUCCACUAGCAUUUUCUGAACUGUGAUUUUCUCAGUAGAGCACUAGGAUUGCCGCUAGAGAUCCCUUUCUUUUCAGGGUGAUUGGGGAUUGUAGCUUGAUCUGUUUAGUAUGUAUUGUCACCAUUAUUAGGCAGCCUGUCGCGUCCCAAGCGUGGGUUUUGCGAGGGAUUGAGCGACACGGUUCGUAAACGGGAAUUAGCCGGUUGACCUAAUUGAGAGGGAGACUUUUGAUCUGGCUAAGAUGUUAAAUUCCCUGGUGUGAAGGUACAAGGCUAGGAUGUUGGUAGAAGUAAACUCGUAUGGACGUUAUAAAAGUUCUAAUUUAUUCAUAAAGAAUACAGAUCACCCUAACUGCGUAGUGAUUGUACCUACAGAAUAGCCAAGCCCAUUACAGAGACGGUGACUGACUUCCACCGUUCUGGCUGCCUGAUAGAACUUUCCAGCACUUUGCUGCCCACACUAGCACCCUACGUCAGAGUCCCGCGGUCGCUGCCUAAACGCUCAUCGGCGACUAUCUCCAACUGUCGGCCUGCAGCCCGCCCUCAGCCCAAGUCGGCUGCUACUCACGCUGACUACCGUCGCUGCCUAAACCCGAGAGAGAGAGAGCCCCGGAGCGGCGUGCCUCUGAGUUUUGUUAGCUCUUCCCCUUCGACCCCACCAGCGCUUGGCAUGACGUAGCGUCGAGUGCAACUUUUCCUUAUUAGGGAUUGUUUUAGUAUUAACUUCAGUACUUUUCUUCAGAAGCUGGGUGGAGGGGUAGAGGGGCCUCUCCCUAUAUGGUCACGCACUGCGUCCUGAGCCCUUCAUUGGCUCCUCAUGACGUAGUGCGGUCCCCACCUAGGGCCCUCUUUCUUUCUCUCUCCGCUCCCAGACUUCUCCCUCUAGCCAAGAGUGUUGAUACUGUAAGUUAUUGCUUAUUAAGGGACCUGCCCAGAGCGCCCUUUUUAUCUUAAUAGCUGAGUCUGCUUCCUUGCUUAUCACGCGCAGCUGCCUGGCCGCUUGGACCGCCGCCUCGGCUAUCUGGCUGCGUCGUUAUCUUUUGUGACCCCUCUGACACGCCUGGCGUCCCCUGUUAACUCUAUCUCCCCGUAUGAUUUCUGGUGUAUCGUCUGAGAACAACUGCAUUUAGACUUGGCUUUUCUGCGGUUACAACAAGCCUUCAGGAGUUACUCAUGGUUCAUGAUCCUUUUGAGAUGGCAGAACAUUUAAUUUGUGCUUCCACUGUUCACAAUGAGGUGCUACUAACAAACUUUGGUGCUUGUGCCUCAGCCAACCUGGUCCUUGGCAAAACCACAUAACAUAAUAUACUGUGUGGAAGACCACAUGAAUGGUUCCCCAUUAAAAUAUCUUCUGAUAAAAAAUAGUGUACCACAUUGUGUCACACAGCUAUCGACCCUGUUAGUACUCCAUGAAUUUAUUGGUUCCAGCAUAUUGCCUGAGAGUGGUGCAAGGCACAUUUGCUUCCAGAAAUGUGAUACAAAUGCUCACUGUCAUUGGUCAACAAGAUAAAUAAAGAUAUGAAGAUGGUAUCUGUUCUUUCAGACAUGUCUGAAAGAAUAGAUACCAUGGGUGACCAUGCAGCUCUCUUAGAAUGAAAUGAUAAUUAAAUCAAGGCCCUAAGCUGUCGACAGGCAAUGAUACACAUCAACAGGGACAGUUGAAAAUGUGUGUCCCAGGACUCAAACCCGGGAUCUCCUGCUUACAUGGCAGACGCUCUAUCCAUCUGAGCCACCGAGGGCACAGAGGAUAGUGCGACUGCAGGGAUUUAUCCCUUGCACGCUCCCCGUGAGACCCACAUUCCCAACUUAAUGUCCACACACUAUAUUCGUAGUGCCCCUGCCCAUUACACUCAUCAUUACUCGCGGCAGACAAUCUUACCGAGUCCCGUAAGAGUUCGGGCAAUGCGUGUACAUCCAGCACAGAAGAAGGAGGUCAAUGGCCUGUUAGCCUUAACUAUAUGAAGAUGGUAUCUGUUCUUUCAGACAUGUCUGAAAGAACAGAUACCAUCAGUGACCAUGCAGCUCUCUUAGAAUGAAAUGAUAAUUAAACUCAUACGGGACUCAGUAAGAUUGUCU